AUGUUACAGCACAUAAAUUAUAGAAUCCGUAUCACACUUCAGGAUUCAAGAACAUUUAUAGGAACUUUUAAAGCUUUUGACAAACAUAUGAAUCUUAUACUUGGAGAUUGUGAAGAAUUUCGUAGGACCAAACCAAAAAAUUCUAAAGAAGCAGAAAGAGAUGAAAAAAGGUCAUUAGGAUUUGUACUAUUAAGAGGUCAAAAUAUAGUAUCAUUAACAGUAGAAGGACCCCCACCUCCUGAAGAAGGUUUACCUAGAGUUCCUAUACCAGGUGCCGGACCAGGACCUGGUAUUGGCAAAGCAGCAGGAAGAGGUUUACCAAUGGGACAGAUUAUUCCAGCAGGAUUACAAGGACCUGUUAGAGGGGUUGGUGGGCCAUCACAACAAGUAAUGACACCUGGUCAGGGUCAAAUGGCAGCUCCUCCACAUUUACGACCACCGGGUCCUGGUCCAGUUCGUGGCCCCCCUGGUCCAAUGAUGGGACCUCCACCUGGAAUGAUGGGCAUGGCACCAGGCAUUGGAAGAGGAGGACCACCAAUUGGGCAUCCACCUCCUAGAUAUUAA